ACACUCAGGACCUUGCCUUGAGCAGCAAACCAAACUCACUACCCCUGACACCAUGAGCUACUACGGCAACUACUACGGAGGCCUGGGCUAUGGCUGUGGAGGCUUCGGUGGCCUGGGCUAUGGCUAUGGCUGUGGAUGUGGCAGCUUCCGCAGACUGGGUUCUGGCUGUGGCUAUGGAGGCUACAGAUAUGGCUCUGGCUUCGGAGGCUACGGAUAUGGCUCUGGCUUUGGAGGCUACGGAUAUGGCUCUGGCUGUGGAGGCUACGGAUAUGGCUGCUGCCGCCCAUCGUACUAUGGAGGAUACGGAUUCUCUGGCUUUUAUUAAAUGAAUUGCUGAAAUUGGAAGAAGAGGAGAAACCUCCAAAUGUGUUUGGUCCUGUCCUGUGCUUUUAUUCCAGAAAAUCCAUUCUAUUGCCUUCGGCAUCAAUGGAUAGAUAUUUAGCAAUGUUAAAUCUUUAAAAUAGAUUUAAGCUGCUUCUAUGAAUAUUUGUUGUCUUUUUACUUUUGAAAUCCAUCACCUGAAAUCAUAUUCAUGUAUGACUACUCUAGUUUGUUCUUCUAAAUUUGCUUUAUUUUUCUUACCACCAUUACCAUGAUGUUAUCUUUCAAUCAAGAUCCUAGCAAAAACUUGUAUUUUGCUUUUAUCUAAUAAAUGAAUUAAAGUAUAAAUACUUU